GAGGCAGGCAGAAGUGGGGGUGGGGCAGGGUGGAAGGGGAUGAGGAGGAAAUUACUGUUUUAGUUGUGGGAUAACUGAGAAGGGCAUCUUUGCAUACGAAACCACUGUCCAACGAGGGUCUAGAUGAGGCAAAAAAAUGAUAACUAGCCAUUAGAGAGAAAAUUUAGGAGUCUUGGAACAAUUAGUACCAUUCUGAGGAUGAGUUUGCAGGGGAUUGUUUGUCUUUUUUCAGCCAAACAAAUGAGAGCUCCUCUCACUGGGCAAAAGCCUUUCUAGACUGGUCCCUGAAAGCAUCGUGCGUACAGAUGCCUGCUGGUUGCCAUGGUGAAUGAUGCUGAUCUGAAGAAAUGAAUAAUGUGAGCGUUGGGGGCGACAGUGGGAUUACUCAGACAGUGGCGAGAGAGACAUCAAGGAGAGACCAGAGCAGAGGAGGGGAGAAGGCACCAUUCUUACAGCUGUGGUCCACUCUGCCUCUGAGAGCUGCGCUCUAACCGGAUCCACCACAAGCAUCAGAAUCAGGAUGAACAUCGAGGUUGGGAACGUUUCUUAUACGGGAGCCAUCAUUUCCUGGUCGUCCUCGGAGCCCUGCCUGGAGGACUAUUACCAUAUUAUGUAUAGGCCCAAUUGGAACAGCAUCUUCUCUGGCUAUCUUCGCUACAGCUUCCACCACGAGGAGAAGGUGCCUCGAACAAUCAGCUCCGUGGCACUGGAACAUCUCGCCCCUUCCACUCUCUACUUCCUGUGCAUCAGCUGUAAGAAGGCUGCAUUCCCCUACAGGCACUACUGCACCAUGUUCCACACCCUGGAUAAGAGUCCACUGGCUGCUGGGAGCUCCCUGGUGGAUCCCCAAAUCUCCCUUUGGGUGUUGAUGGCCAUUCUGCUGGCCUGCUUCACAGCCGUCUUAGCCUUCAUCUGCCUCCAGUUCUGGUGCAUCCGUUGCCAUGAGCCUCGAUGGUCUUACAGAGCUGGUCACAUGGAGGAAGCCAAUGGGCUGGUGAGAUGGCCAGAGGAGGCCCCGGCUCUUGGUCAGAGGGAGGAAGACCUGCAGGGGGUCCCCCUGGUGGAAAUGCCACGCAAGAACUCCGGAGCUGGAGCGGAACCAGAAGCUGACGCUGAAGCCGACCAGGAUGCCCCGGACGUGGGUGCCUUACAGAGGGAGGGUGGUGAUCAACCUGCCCUACUGCCUCAUUUUGGGGAGUAAGAGAUGGAUAGGAGGCAGCCCGCAUCAUACAGCCUAAAGCCCUCCAUGCAGUAGGUCUUCUGUAAAAAUUUGUCUAUAGACUGCUCAUCUGUCUCCCCUCAAAUGUCAGUGUUCUUGUGGAUCACCUGGGUUGGAUGAAUGCCCCAUGACAAAGCUUCUCAAACUGGAAAACAUAUACCACCAGG